AUGGCGUCUACAGCGGAUCAGCACCCCACGGCAACACAGAGUACUCCACAACCAGCCGCCUCGUCGUCGCGACCCCAGAGCAGCAACGAUGCCCUAUCGUCGAGCCCCGUAGAGAUGAGGACUCUCCAUGCUUCAGGCGCAGGGGCAGCAGCGCCCGCAAACACGGCCACCCAUGCCGCCGACGGUCCUUCUCAAGCUGCGAUAGCGACACCCGCACCGCCAACUGCUGAGGCCAGCGCCCUGGAGAAUGCGCCUGCUGCUCCCUCGUCGUCUGCGAAGCCUGCGCCCCCUACUGCCUUGAAUCGCGCAGAGACCGAGGCCAUUGGUCCCUCCACAGACACACCAGCCGCAAAUCCCGACAACACAAACGGACCGGUGCUGGUCAUUAUGCUGCUCCUCACUAACGGCGCGAGACAUCCGUACAAGAUUGAAGAAAAGUACCUCAAGAAGCGCAACAUCAGUGUCGAGAACAUGGACCCCUACAACAUUAGUGUCUACACGCUCAAGGAGCUGAUAUGGCGAGACUGGCGAGAAGAAUGGGAGGCCCGACCCGUUUCCCCAGGCUCAAUACGAUUAAUUCAUUUCGGUCGAAUGCUGGACGACAAAUCUCCCAUCAAAGACUGCCGUUUCCAAACAGACACUCCAAACGUGGUUCACAUGACGGUCAAGCCGCAAGAAGUGGUCGAGGAUGAAGAAAAUGCCAAGACUGGCAAGGCCGGGAGCCGGAGAGAGAACGACGACGAACCCACAGCUGGCUGCCGCUGCGUCAUCUUAUAG